CUGGAAGUGAACCCUAGAAAAAGAAAACCCUCUCGAGUUUUACGGCUGGUUUGUUGUCGCUAACGUGGGCGUUUGACAUGUCUUAAAGGAGAGGUGUUUGUGUUGGCUUAAAGUUACGUAUUAGUUGCCGCAUUCGUUACGACAUGCUCAUGUAGCUAGCUGGUUAGCUAGCUGGUUAGCUAGCUUGGGGGAGUUGAGACAUUACUGUGGGCUUCAGCUAACAGCAAAGGAGUGAGCUGAAAGAGAGCUCCAGAUGCGGCUAAAGGAUCCCUUUUCUCUGAAAGCCGCAGACAUGACAAAGCGGACAAAUAAACCUCGGAAACCUCGAGAUGAGGAGUCAUCAGACGAAGUCAGUGGACUAACAUGCCAGCAUGUAAAUAAAGCUGUGGACCUGAGCUCGGUGAAAAAGUCUGUCCUGUCGAGCGUGUGGCUGGUCUGCUCCGAUUGUCUGAGGGAGAGGACGAUGAUCGACGAAGAGUCGACCACAUCCCACGACAUCCUGGUGUGCCUAAAAUGUGGUUUUCAAGGCUGUAACCAGUCAGGAAUCCAGCACGCCGUCAAGCAUCACCAGACCUUCCAUCCAGAGUCGCACUGCAUCACAAUCAGCCUGAACACGUGGAAGGCCUGGUGCUUCGAAUGUAACGAGGAGCUCUCUACACACUGCAACAAAAAGGCUUUGGCUCAAACCCUCGACUUUUUACAGAAGCAUUCAGUCAAGGCAGUAUCAG